AUGUCCGACACAACGGAGUUCGCCAACGAAAAGGCGACCCCACUGGGCGGCUUCGCCCCCGCCAAGGGCAGCGAUGCUGCCUCGUUCUACGACCCGACCAAGGAGAGCCUCAUGACGCGCAUCGGUCUCACGAAGGAGAGCUUCAAGCGUGCCCCGGGAACGACACGCGGCAUGGUGGCUCACGGCGAUGUGCCCAUCGAAUACCUGGAGCACGACAACCCGGGCUACCAGCAGACCAUGAAGCCCCGCCACCUCCAGAUGAUUGCUGUUGCUGGUACGAUCGGCACGGGUCUGUUUGUCGGCUCGGGUAGCGCCCUGGCCACUGGCGGCCCUGCUGGUAUCCUCAUCGCCUGGGCGGUUGUCGGCGUCAUGCUCAUGAACGUCACCCAGGCCCUUGGUGAAAUGUCUAUCGUCUACCCCGUCUCUGGUGGUUUCUACACCCUCGCCUCGCGCAUGCUCGACCCUGCCUUCGCCUUCAGCAUGGGCUGGAACUACCUCAUCCAGUGGGCCAUCAUCCUGCCUCUGGAGCUCACCGUCGCCAACACGACGGUGCAGUACUGGAACACGAGUCUGUCUCAAGCCGAAUGGAUCACCAUCUUCUUCGUCGUCAUCCUCAUUGCCGUCCUUUUCGGCACCAUCGGGUUCGCGGAAGAAGAGUUCUGGUCAUCGCUGCUGCGUAUCAUCGUCGCGGUCAUCUUCCUCAUCAUUGGCAUCGUGUGCAUCUGCGGCGGUGGACCCAAGUCUGGCGACUACAACCAUUACAUCGGAGGCUCGUUGUGGCAGUCUCCUGGAGCUUUCGCCAAUGGCUUCAAGGGCGUGUGCAGCGUUUUCGUGACUGCCGCCUUCUCCUUCUCUGGCACUGAGCUCGUCGGCCUCGCGGCUGCUGAGACCCCCAACCCGCGCAAGACCAUCCCGACUGCUGUCAAGCAGACCUUCUGGCGCGUGACCAUGGUCUACAUCGUGUGCCUCACCAUUAUCGGUCUGGCCAUCCCCUACGACGACCCCCGUCUGUACAACGGCACUGGCGCGUCUGCGUCGCCCUUUGUCAUUCUCAUGGUCAAGGCCGGAAUCCACGGCAUCGACCACCUCGUCAACGUCACCAUCCUCAUUGCCGUGCUCUCCAUCGGCCUGAGUGCCGUGUACGCCGGCAGCCGCAUGCUCACCGCAAUUGCCGAGACUGGUUACGCUCCCUCGUGCUUCACCUACAUUGACAAGGCUGGUCGUCCUCUGUGGUCGCUUGUCGCCAUUUGCGCCUUUGGUCCCAUUGCCUACGUCAACUGCGCCGACGUCGGUGGUGCCGUGUUCGACUGGCUGCUUGCCCUUUCUGGACUGUCGACCCUCUUCACCUGGCUCAGCAUCACUAUCACCCACAUUCGCUUCCGGCGCGCAUGGAAGGUGCAGGGCCACAGCGUCGACGAGCUGCCCUACCGCGCCUUUGGUGGCGUGUACGGCUCGUACCUCGGCUCCUUCCUCAUCGUGCUCGUCGUCAUUGCCCAGUUCUACACCGCAGUCUGGCCCAUUGGCGAGCAGCCCCACGGCGCCGAGGCCGCGUCGACCUUCUUCCAGACCUUCCUGUCCCUUCCCAUCCUCAUUGCCAUGUGGAUCCUCGGCUACCUCUGGAAGCGCACCCUUCCCAAGCGUGCAAAGGACAUUGACCUUGACACUGGCCGCAAGUCUUGGCUCACCGCCGAAGAGGGCCGCGCGUACCGCGCCGAGCGUGCCGCCGCACCGCUCUACGUCAAGAUCUACAGGUUCUUGUUCGCCUAG